CACAGAAUCAAAUUGCCCAAAGCCCCAUCUCCCAAACCUGGCAUUGAAUGCUUGCUUCCAGGGAAGGGGCAUACAUUGUUAGAUUACUCAGACUGAUUUUUCUUUCUGUAACAUGAAAAACAAAUAGGAAAAUCUGCAAGAGUGGGAAGAUGAGGAUGUACGGAGGAGAUGCCAUGAUUACAAGAAGCAGGCAGCAAUGGGGAGGUCUACUUUGAUGCCAGCAUCUCUUCACAUGGGUUUCCACCCCUUCCUGAAUCAGGUAGGAGAAAAUAAAGAGGGAGAACAAUUAUGUUUAUUAAGAAAGAUAUGAAGUGGUAGACUGACAAGAGAUAACCUUUCCAACAUUUGAGGUUAUUAGCUCAGGAGAUAAACUUAUGGAUGAAAGCAAUACGUGUUUGUCGUAUCUACAAAGCAAUAGACUAAGGGAAGCUAUUGCCUAACAGUAACAUUCUUCUAACCGUGCAGGCACUGUUAUGCAGUGUUAUUACAGAGACCUUUGCAACAGAUGUACCAGGAGCUUUUGAUGCUGUAGAGCUAAAAGCUGUGGACGACUUACAUGUUUGCAGGCCUGGUAGGAGGAGGCACACAAUUCCUGUUGAUACUUUUGGUCCUCUGCUUAGAAAUUCAGGCACAGUACAUUUACACAAGAGCAGGUAUUUGUACCACUCUCUAUUAUGAAGCUAAUUACAUGAGAAAAACGAACCAAACUUAAAAACAAAACAAGGCAGCUUUGGCCUUGUUGGUCGGCAGACAUUUUUUCUUCAUUUAUCACUUAAGUCACGUGUCAUUCUAAGCCCCUUGAAGAUCAAACCUCAACAACAACAACAACCCACAGGUAGGCUAUAUUAAAUGAUGCAGUCGCUUAGAGAGCACGCACACACUGGCGAGACGGUGAGCUCUGCCGUACUCCGCACGAUUCUCAGCAAAGAACCACGUGCAGAACCGCCAGCCGCAUCUCCAGCGCUUCACCAGCAACUCCACGCAAAACGCCAGCUGCCCCCAGGCUGGCCAUCCUCCCGGCGCCGCUCAGCGAGCGCGGACACGGCACGGCACAGCCCGACAGCCAGCAGGGAAGGACGGCCGUCCUGCUCUCACGUCGCAACAGUGACGCCAGCAAGUUGGCAAGCAAAAAGCAGCCGAGCUGCCUGCAUGAUUCCCACGCAGCCGGCACGCCCGUGCCAACUCCUCCCGCUCUGACGUCCCUCAGCACGGUGGCGAAUUCUCAGCGUUCCGGGCGGGGAGCCGCCCGACGGCAUCGCGGCGGUCGCCAUCGUCGGGCCGAGCCGCUUCCGCGACAACGCCGAUUCCCGUUGGCGUCCCUCGCCGCCUCGCCACCCACCUGUGCGCAGCGGUGAUGGCGGCCGGGGAGCCGCCGGGCGCGGAGCGGCUCUCGCAGCUGGCGGAAAAUCUGCUGUAUCAGCUGCAGGAGAAUUUUCAGGCUCUGACGGAAAGGAUAACGCUGAGAAUGGAAGAAAUGGGUGAGCGCAUCAGUGACCUUGAGAAGCAUGUUGCUGACCUGAUGGCAGAGGCUGGAAUAGAGAACACUGAUGAUGGAUUGAGACACUGAAAUAAGCAUGUGAGCGAGAAAGAUAAAGGGAGAACAGCUCUGCACUGACUCUGGAGUGUGUCAUCGUUUACAGUGUCACUAGUCACAAAAAGCAUCAGUGAAAACAAAGAUGGUUGCAUCACGUCGUGAUAGACUCUCCAUUUUUCUUUUCCUUUGAAUUAUUGUCCCAGGAAAGGAGCAGAAAGCUAGGUUUAUUCAUGUAAAUGGGACACUAUUUCCUGUAAUUGGGAAUAAACCAUUAUUCUCAGGGGAGAAAAAAAAAUGGAUAAAAAGUUAUCCGAUAUAGUAGUGAGCUUACCAAUGUAAAAAGUGUAUUUUAUUUCAUAUUACUAAUAUUAAAAUUUCCAUCACGCUUCUUUGUUGCCUUCUUAU